AUGGAUACCUCCACAACUAGCAAUGCCUCCGCUGCCGGAUUUCCCUGGUACUCGUUGUUUCCGGAGAUCCGUCUAUUGGUCUUGCAAUGUAUUUUGCCCAAAAAUGAACAUGGAGAAACCACCGUCGACCAUCUCCCCGAAUUCUCAAAAGCAGUUUCAGGGGAGAAUUCUAUCCGAUUGAGCUACAUUGAUCGUUUACGGUUUUAUAUCAGACUUGCUCAAUACACUGAAUGCUUAUUCGAUAAGCCGGAGAGUGCGGAUAAUAUCAAGUGGAACAACCAGGCUUUUACGCGGGCCAUGGUAAUUUAUCUUAAUGCGUUAUCCUCUUGGAAUGGCCUUCGUGGAGGGCUCACGUUGGAGAUUACCGCUUACUCACCCAGCGAUGAGAUAUUCCACCCUCUUUGUCUCGAUAUCCGGAACGAAUAUCCGUUCCGAUUCGAGGAGGACUUGGAAAAAUGCCCAAGCUAUUUGGAAUAUUAUAAGAAGAAAAGGGCAGACAUAAUGAGUUCCGAGGUCAUACGACGCUCGGCUGUGGUCCGACGCGGAAUGGCACAGCGGCUUCAUGGAACGCCGCUUGAGCUUCAGCCGUGGCUAGUUGAAAGGGAAAAGAGGUUCAGCAACCAAACGCGGAGUCUGGCAAGAGUUCCGAUAGUGAAGGGACUUAUCCUCCGUCGAAGCCUCUUCAGAGGAAUUACGGGCAAAGCAUUGGCGAAACUCUUUCGCGAAAGUUUCGUGGCCCUUGAAAGAUGGGAAGGGCGGACAAAGGAAGACGAUGACGCCUUUCUGACUGGUCUCCAGUCGCACUUGAUGCCCAACCUCCCUGUUGGUGUUCGGAGCUUUUCACUGAUACAGAUGCAAAUCUUGGCCCAUCGCUAUCAGGCUACUCAUGAAAUUGUCGGGCCACUAUUACAGCUGAUGGCAAAAUCAUGUCAUCGCUUCACCAAUUUCUGCCCUCCCCUUGAGCUCAACGCCAAGGCAUUUUUCAAGCAAUUGAUCCUGGAAGCAAAGCACACGAGAUCCAAGUUAGAGUGUCUUACUCUUCGGGCAGAUUCAUUGCGACCAUCCACAAGCCAGCAAUCGGUAACGGCAUUGCUCACUGCUGCCGGCAGGGCAGCCAACAAACUUCCUCGGCGGCGAGUCAUCGAGCUGUGGAACUCCGGUCAGGGCUAUGGAUAUUUGUUCCGCUACGCACAGAAGGAUCGUCGAGCCACGAUAACUUGGCGGAGCGCUGGACAGGAUUUUGAGUUGGCACCCCAAGUGAUUCGAGUGUGGUCAAAAGUGGCCGGGUCCCUGACGCUCAUCGUGGAGAAAAGUCCAUUUACGGAAGAUGAGGUCGGAUCGAAGGGGUUCAAGCACAAGACUAUUCUCAGUCACUUGGCUCUGCGGAGGCUGAUCUUCGAUCCCAUAACCGAGGCACAAUGGAUAGUUAUGACGAAGCCAUGA